AUGUUGUCCAGAGGUUGUGUGAUGGUGUUCCAGGGGCUGCUGGAGAGAGACACGACUCUGGUGAUAAACGUAACGGGGAAGCAGGGGGACCAGAUUGAUGUUCUCGUAGAGAACAUGGGACGAGUCAACUUUGGCAGCAAGAUCAACGACUUCAAGGGCCUGUUGAGUAACCUGAUCCUUGGGAAAGAUGUGCUGGUAGAUUGGCAGAUCUACCGUCUGGACAUAGAUGGAGCCGUUGCCUCCGGAUGGCCCCAGUCAGGCCAGCGACGCUCCCCGCCCGACCCAGUCAGAGGGCCCUCAGAUGGGCCAGUCUUCUACCAGGGCACCCUGCCUCCCAACGGUCUGGCCUGGGACACCUUUCUCCGGCUCAAUGAAUGGACCAAGGGACAGGUAUGGAUCAACGGGGUGAACCUGGGCAGGUACUGGCCUAAGAGAGGUCCCCAGCAGACCCUGUACGUCCCGGGGCCCCUGCUCAGCCCCACCCAGCCCAACAACAUCACAGUCCUGGAGCUAGAGAGGGCCCCUCCUCACACCAGGGUCCUCUUUAUGGACCGGCCUCAACUCAACAGCACUCCUGGCAAGACAUCACAGCUACAGACCACAGACAGACAGACAUGACACCACAGCUACAGACAGAAGACAAGACAUUACCUCAGAGAAUCAGUUUCUUCAUAGUUGACAGCCAGCCAAUCAAUCCCUCCGAAUAAGUCUCUGUCCAACCACAUAUCUGCAGCAUGAGCCAAUACACUCCAAUCGUCUAUCAAUCAAUGUAUGAGUAGCAUAUCCUGUAUCAAUUCAUUUCAGCACUCUUUUCUACGGACUUAAGUCUAUAACAAAUGUAACAACCGCCGAGCCAGACUUUCAGUUUCUGUAACCCCGUCUCCGCUGCAUCUGCAAGUAUGAGGAUCUGUUUAAAGGAAACUUAAGGCUUGGUUGUCUGUGUUAAGCUCACGCAGGUAUGAAUAAAUAGAUGACAGUAUUAUGGUAAUCAUUGUUUUGACAUGAUUUAAUAACAUAAGUUGCUGUGCUUCUGUCUGGCUAUGUUUUGGCACUUUACUAUAUACCUUUUAAUACAUCUAUUUCAUUAAAAAAACUGUGUACAUUAAUAAACAUUAUUUCAUCAUCACA